AUGGAUGAUGAAACAUCACUUUUUGCGAGGCAAUUCACAGGAAAUACGUCCCUAUAUUUUUUUCUGCAUCAAUAUCGCCAGCCUCUUUAUCUUGCACGAAAUUUGAAUUAUUUGCAUAAGAAGAGUACGUCUCAGGAAGAAUUAUCAUUGUUUCAGACACAAAAAAGAAGGCAUUUGGACUCAUUUGUGUUUGAAAAAGAAAUUAAUGUGAAAAAUGCUGCUAUAUGGAGAAUUUACAUGAGCCAUUUGAAAAUACCGGGGGGAGCGAAGAAGUGGGGAUUUUCUAUGUCUUUUUCAUUUUAUGCAACACUUUUUAUAUUUUGUUUAGACGGGCAACGUUUGUACCAGAAAAAAGUUCAUGGAAACGGCAUUAUUGACACUCUGGAAAAUUUGCAAUUCCAUGCAGAAGAGCCUUUCAAGAUGCCGUAUUCAAUUUUUAAAAAAACAAAAGGCGGUAUCACAAUUAAUCGUGUUUGUAAAGGGCAGCUGAUUUUCAGUAUUAGCGACAAUGAUGUUGCCUUUAUGUCGGGUGUUAGAGAUGUUAUAAAUGAAUCAAAGAGUAUUUCUCAAGAGCUUCAGAAUGUUUUGGGUCAUGAGGAGAUAAAAAAAGGCACUUUUUUUUAUGUUACUUUUAAUAUUCCACGUGACAAAAUAACUAAUAAUUUCAAUGUAUUGUAUUUCAAUGGAAAUGGGGACCAUCAACAAACAGACUAUGUUUUGAAUAUGUGCUUUAUUGGCGAGAUUUUUCAAGAUACGAAAUUAGAUCUGAAUUCGAAAAUAUCUUUAAGGUCAAAACCUAUGGUGAAGCAUCAGCCUUUAAAUGUUGAUGAAAAAAUUAAAAUUUCAUAUAUUUUCAAGGCAGAAGAGAAUAAUGAAACAGUUGUGAGGAUUUCCAUGCGGGAAGAUUUCCAAUGUCCAUGGUGUCGAGGGAAGAAUUUCCAUACAAGACAACGACUUCAUUUUCAUUUCUUAAUGAAUCAUGAGCUUUUUUCUUUCAAACUUGAGGUUAAUCGGUCUAAUUUUUUACAAUUUGAGAUAAAAUUAGCAAGUGAAUAUCCGUUUAAACGAAUAAGUGAACAAAAAGUAGAUUUUAGAGUUUUUCAAUGGAUUAGACAUGUAAAAUUUAAACAUGAUGUAGAGAACAUUUUAUCGGAUAAUGGAAAAUCAAUUUUAUUUCAUAAUAUAAUGCUUGGGAUGGAUGUUGAGCAAAAUGAAUCAGUACCGAUAAACGUAAAACCUAAACGAAAUACACAGCUACGUUGGCCUUCUAAAAAUAAGAUUAGACGAAGAUUCGUAACACCUAAUUUAAAUAAUCUUUACAGAUCUGUAUCAAAAAGAAAAAUCAUUCCAGGAGAAAUACUUUCCGAAUCCGAAGACGAUGUUGACGAAACAUGGUUAAUUCAGAGACAUGAGGAUAUAUUGGAUGAUUUUAUGGAUAUAACAGUAUCAGAAAAAGCUUUUAUGAAACUUUGGGAUAGAUUUAUAAUCAACGACAGACCUAUUGGACGUUGUCAUCUUCCUGACUCAAUAAUGAGAUUCGUAUAUUCUCAUAAAAAUAUUCUUCAAGCAGAAAACUUAAUUAAUGAAUUUUGGAAACAUCUCCUUAACCUUGUUCAAUAUAAAUUUAUUGAUCUUGUAACUUUACGAAAAUCUAUGGAAGUAGUUAGAGGUAUUCAUGAUGAAACAGAAACAAAUUGA